UACAUGUAGGCGGCAACUUCCUCAGCCGAGGUAUAGAAAAGAGAAUGGCUUACGCCAAAUUUAAAGCUCACAGGUUCGCCUUUCUGAACGUCACCACCAUUGGACCGGAUAAUGUUGUGAAAGCGGGCAGCGAAUGUGGUUUAGCUUGUGUUAACUCACUAUCCUGUUUGUCCUUUAACCUGGCUGUAUUUCAUGGCAUGAAUGGCAAACUGCUAUGUCAAUUACUUCCAACCGACAUUUACAACAACUCGGACAAGUUUGCCACCAGUGAGCAAUUUCAUCACUAUAGCAUCUUGUCUCCCUGCAUCAGUUGGCCUUGUCAGAACAAUGGGACAUGCGCUGCACAAUACAAAGACGAUAGCUACAUUUGCAUUUGCAAACGAGGAUACACAGGGAAACACUGCGAAAUUCUUGACAUUGACAUUCAAACUCUCCUAGAAGGGGGAGAAAACCAAUGUAAAGGAAGCUUGGAUUACGCGCGAUUUUCGUCCAAGAAGCCAACUCAAUGUCGUGUUAGAUGA